AUGGGUUCCCUCAGCACAGCAAAUGUUGAAUUUUGCCUUGAUGUCUUCAAAGAGUUGAACAGUAACAACGCAGGAGAUAACAUCUUCUUUUCUCCCCUGAGUCUGCUUUAUGCCCUAAGUAUGAUCCUCCUUGGCGCCAGAAGAAACAGUGCAAUGCAAAUGGAGAAGGUGCUUCACUUUAGUCAUGUGGUAGGAUCAUUAAAACCAGAGUUUAAGGACUCAUCUAAGUGCAGCCAAGUUGGAAGGAUUCAUUCUCAGUUAGGAGCCCUAUUCUCUCAAAUCAACCAAGCAGACUCCAACUCUACCCUCAGCAUUGCCAACAGACUCUACGGGACAAAGGUGAUGGGGUUCCAUCAGCAAUAUUUAAACUGUUCUGAGAAAUUAUAUGGAGCCCAGCAGCAAACAGUUGAUUUUAAACACUCUCCAGAAGUAACAAGAAAAACCAUUAAUGCUUGGGUUGAAAGUAAAACCAAUGGAAAAGUCAAGGACCUCUUUGGAAAGGGCACAAUUGACCCGUCUUCUGUAAUGGUCUUGGUGAAUGCCAUAUAUUUCAAAGGACAAUGGCAAAAUAAAUUUCAGGAAAGAGAAACGAUUAAAACCCCCUUUCAGCUAAGUGAGGGUAAAAGUGUGAUUGUGGAAAUGAUGUAUCAAACUGGACUUUUUAAAUUGGCCUUCAUAAAGAAGCCACAGAUACAGGUUCUUGAGCUGCCCUAUGUCAACAAUCGACUCAGCAUGAUUAUUCUGCUUCCAGUAGGCACAGCUAAUCUAGAACAGCUUGAGAAACAGCUGAACCUGAAGACAUUUCAGGAGUGGACCAGCUCUUCCAAUAUGAUGGAAAGAGAAGUUGAAGUGCAUAUUCCCCGAUUCAAACUUGAAAUCAAGUACGAGCUGAAUUCUCUGUUGAAAUCCCUAGGGAUGACAGAGAUCUUUGACCCAAUCAAAGCUGAUCUUUCUGGAAUGUCAGCAGCUAAGAACCUGUAUUUGUCAAAGGUUAUCCACAAGUCAUAUGUGGAUGUCAACGAGGAGGGUACUGAGGCUGCGGCUGCCACUGGGGACAUCAUUGUAGUAAAAAGGCUUCCCAUCCGAGCUCAGUUCAAGGCCAAUCACCCCUUUCUGUUCUUUAUAAGGCACAUUCGCACCAACAUGAUUCUCUUUUGUGGCAAGCUCGCGUCUCCAUAA